ACACAUCUUAAACAGAAGGGAAAUAUUGGGGGCCAUGGGUUUGCUUUUAUCUAAAUUAACGACUUUGUUCGAGUCUUUUUCCUCUGGAUCACAAGCCAAAAUUCUUAUGCUUGGUUUAGAUUCUGCAGGAAAAACAACGAUUUUGUACAAGAUCAAGCUCAAUGAGAAUGUAUGUACCAUUCCCACCAUAGGAUUUAACGUGGAGACCGUGUCCCCAGUAAAGGGUGUGUCCUUUACGGUGUGGGACGUCGGGGGUCAGGGCAAAAUUAGAUCACUGUGGAACUACUACUACCAAGGAACAGAGGGUUUGGUAUAUGUGGUGGAUAGUAAUGAUAGAGAAAGAAUGAACGAGUCUCGAGAAGAACUUUUUAGAAUCCUUCAAACAGACGAAAUGAGAGGAGUUCCAGUUAUGGUUAUCGCUAACAAACAAGAUCUUCCAAACGUUCUAAGUACCGCUGAGGUGGCCGAAAGAAUGUGCUUACAUAAACUGACAUCAAGAAAAUGGUUCAUCCAAUCCGCAUGCGCAACGACUGGAGAAGGGAUUUACGAUUCUAUGCAAGAAUUAUCAACAAUGGUCAAAGAAUAUAAGAAAGGACUGAAAUGAUCAAAACACGUUCAAUUUAUAAAUGUGCCAUCAAAAGCAUCCACUGAAGUGUUCUAAGCAAGCCGUGUGAGUGUAACAUGUAUGUACGAAGACAGAAGGAUGAAAAUAAAUGUUUUAACAUUGGACACAGACUGAUCAACAUGCAUUGAGCGUUGUGGUUCAUUCUUUGGACCAGAAAUUGCUCAUACAUGUACUAAAACGUUGUUGCACUUCGCCAGUACGAUUUAUACAAAAACAAUGGUUGAAAUGUACUUUGCUUCUCUUUUCCCAUUUAACAUGCAUACCAUUGGAAGAAAUGUAAAUUGUA